AUGGCUCCUGAUCUCCCAGGCAACAGUACCGCAGAUCCCGAGCGCGCGUCGGCGUCGACGGGGCUAAGCAUCGUGCACCCCGACCCGUACCAGUUCAGCGAUGGGCUGAAGACGCAAGACGAGCUCGCCGAGCUGCGCAGACGCAAGCAGGGGAAGAAAGUGGAGAAAUUCCACCGCAGGCAGAAUGAUUUGAUUACGUCGUUGCUGAAGCCUAUCGAGGAUCAUGGAGAGGAGGCCAGAGUCGAGGAGGACGCUAACCGAGUGCCGGUGAAAAUUGCGAUCUGGGCGAGUUUGCUGUCGAAUUUCUGCUUAGCAGGGCUCCAACUGUACGCUGCUAUCUCAUCGGGAUCGCUAUCCCUCCUCGCUACCUGCAUCGACUCGAUCUUUGACCCAGGGAGCAACCUCCUUCUCUACUGGCUUCACAAGAAGUCCAAGAAACUCAAUCUCGAUCAGUGGCCUGUCGGUGGGGCAAGGCUCGAGACGAUAGGCAACAUCAUAUAUGGCUUUCUAAUGGGGUCGGUGAACCUCAUCGUCGUAGUGGAGUCCGUGCGGGACCUUAUCACCAAGGCCGACGACUCACUCGAAGCCUUCCAUGUCCCCUCCAUCAUCGCCGUCGGUGUCGCCCUCGGUAUCAAGUUUUUGCUAUUUCUGUACUGUUAUUCUCUCCGCAACAAGUCAAGCCAAGUCCGUGUUCUAUGGGAGGAUCAUCGAAAUGACCUUUUCAUCAAUGGAUUCGGUAUUCUCAUGUCGACUGGAGGCAGCAAACUCGCUUGGUUCCUCGAUCCAAUGGGCGCGCUCAUCAUCACCAUCGGCGUGCUGAUCUCGUGGGGCGUGACUAUAUACCGACAAUUUGAGCUUUUGGCAGGGAAAUCGGCCCCGCAUGAAUUUUUGCAGUUGGUGAUAUACAAGGCCGCGACGUUCAGCGACCAGAUUCUGAUGGUUGACACUGCGAGAGCGUAUCAUAGUGGCCCGGAUUAUUUCGUUGAAGUCGACAUUGUGAUGGAAGCGAGCACGCCCUUGUGGCAGGCGCAUGACCUCGCGCAGCAGCUCCAAGAUAAAAUUGAGGUGCUACCCAACGUCGAGAGGGCGUUCGUGCAUGUUGAUCACGAGACGACACAUACACCUGAGCAUCGCAAAGUCGCCUAA